UAUUUCACGAACAACCGACGACGGAAAAGAUUACACAGAGAGCCAAAGCCCUUAAAUAGAGACACAGUCCCACUUUCCUCCAUUUGAAACACUUCCAAAACCGCUCCAAACAUUCCGUGAGAAAGCUCUGCUAGGGUUUUUGAUCGGAAACGAAGAACCAGAAGUAGCGAGAUUAACGGAAUUCAAAAGCCCUAACCGUUAAAAUGGAGGACGACCAGGAAUAUGACCAGCAAUACAACGAUGACGACGAAGAGGAGAUCACCCAGGAGGACGCAUGGGCCGUCAUCUCCGCAUACUUCGAAGAGAAGGGUUUGGUCCGUCAGCAACUCGAUUCCUUCGACGAGUUCAUCCAGAACACCAUGCAGGAAAUUGUUGACGAGUCCGCUGACAUCGAGAUUCGUCCCGAGUCUCAGCAUAACCCUGGUCACCAGUCGGAUUUUGCAGAGACUAUCUAUAAGAUUAGCUUUGGUCAGAUUUACUUGAGUAAGCCCAUGAUGACUGAGUCUGAUGGAGAAACAGCAACCUUAUUUCCCAAGGCUGCAAGGUUAAGGAAUCUAACAUACUCGGCCCCUUUGUACGUGGAUGUCACAAAGAGAGUUAUAAAGAAAGGACAUGAUGGUGAAGAAGUCACCGAGACACAGGAUUUCACCAAAGUUUUCAUAGGAAAGGUUCCUAUAAUGCUUCGUUCUAGUUAUUGCACAUUGUAUCAAAAUUCUGAGAAGGAUUUAACAGAGCUUGGGGAGUGCCCAUAUGAUCAAGGUGGGUAUUUCAUUAUUAAUGGAAGUGAGAAGGUUCUAAUUGCUCAAGAGAAGAUGAGCACCAAUCAUGUAUAUGUAUUUAAGAAGAGGCAGCCUAACAAGUAUGCCUAUGUGGCCGAAGUUCGGUCCAUGGCGGAGUCCCAAAACAGACCACCAAGUACCAUGUUUGUGCGGAUGCUUUCUCGGACUAGUUCUAAAGGGGGCUCUUCUGGGCAGUAUAUCCGUGCUACUCUUCCAUAUAUUCGAGCUGAAAUUCCUAUUAUUAUCGUGUUCCGGGCUCUUGGGUUUGUUGCUGAUAAAGAUAUACUGGAGCAUAUAUGUUAUGACUUUACAGAUACUCAAAUGAUGGAGUUGCUUCGACCUUCGCUAGAAGAAGCAUUUGUUAUUCAAAACCAACAGGUUGCAUUAGAUUAUAUUGGAAAAAGAGGAGCAACUGUGGGUGUAACUAAGGAGAAGAGGAUUAAGUAUGCAAAAGAGAUACUUCAAAAGGAAAUGCUUCCUCAUGUUGGUGUUGGAGAAUUUUGUGAGACAAAAAAAGCUUACUAUUUUGGGUAUAUUAUUCACCGGCUUCUACUAUGUGCACUUGGUCGGAGGGCAGAAGAUGAUAGGGAUCAUUAUGGCAACAAAAGGCUGGACCUUGCUGGUCCUCUACUCGGGGGCUUGUUUAGGAUGCUGUUCAGAAAAUUAACUAGGGAUGUGAGAGGUUACGUGCAGAAGUGUGUUGACAAUGGAAAGGAUGUUAACCUGCAAUUUGCCAUCAAAGCAAAAACCAUUACCAGUGGUCUUAAAUAUUCACUUGCUACUGGAAACUGGGGGCAAGCAAAUGCAGCUGGCACAAGAGCUGGAGUGUCACAGGUGUUAAAUCGUUUGACAUAUGCCUCCACCUUGUCACACUUGCGAAGGCUAAAUUCUCCCAUAGGGCGUGAAGGGAAACUUGCGAAACCACGACAGUUGCACAAUUCACAAUGGGGAAUGAUGUGUCCAGCUGAAACACCUGAAGGACAAGCAUGUGGACUGGUUAAGAAUCUUGCCUUGAUGGUGUAUAUAACAGUAGGAUCAGCUGCAUAUCCAAUCCUGGAAUUUUUAGAAGAAUGGGGUACAGAAAAUUUUGAGGAAAUUUCACCAGCAGUUAUUCCCCAAGCUACAAAAAUCUUUGUUAAUGGUUGCUGGGUUGGUAUACAUCGUGAUCCUGAUAUGUUGGUGAAAACAUUACGGCGUUUGAGGCGACGGGUUGAUGUUAAUACUGAAGUUGGGGUUGUCAGAGAUAUUCGCUUAAAAGAAUUACGGAUAUAUACUGACUAUGGCCGAUGCAGUCGUCCAUUAUUUAUUGUGGAGAAACAAAGGCUUCUCAUAAAGAAGAAGGAUAUUCAUGCACUGCAACAGAGGGAGAGCCCUGAAGAUGGUGGGUGGCAUGAUCUUGUAUCAAAGGGAUUCAUAGAAUAUAUUGACACGGAAGAAGAGGAGACAACUAUGAUUUCAAUGACCAUCAAUGAUCUUGUCCAAGCAAGGAUUAAUCCAGAGGAAGCAUAUUCUGACACUUACACUCAUUGUGAAAUCCACCCUUCAUUAAUUUUGGGUGUCUGUGCUUCAAUUAUACCAUUUCCUGAUCAUAAUCAAUCUCCAAGAAAUACCUAUCAAUCGGCUAUGGGAAAGCAAGCCAUGGGAAUUUAUGUCACCAACUAUCAGUUUCGAAUGGAUACAUUGGCCUACGUCUUGUACUACCCUCAGAAACCACUUGUUACCACUCGAGCCAUGGAACAUCUUCAUUUCAGGCAACUUCCGGCAGGCAUUAAUGCUAUUGUUGCAAUUGCCUGCUAUUCUGGCUAUAACCAAGAAGAUUCUGUCAUCAUGAACCAAUCAUCUAUAGACCGUGGAUUUUUCCGGUCUCUUUUCUUCCGCUCUUACAGGGAUGAGGAGAAAAAGAUGGGGACCUUAGUCAAAGAGGAUUUCGGUCGUCCGGAUAGAGCAAAUACGAUGGGUAUGCGACAUGGUUCUUAUGAUAAAUUGGAUGAUGAUGGUCUUGCCCCCCCUGGUACUAGGGUUUCAGGCGAAGAUGUUAUCAUUGGAAAGACCACUCCUAUCGCUCAGGAUGAAGCCCAGGGACAAGCUGCUUCACGUUACACACGGCGUGACCAUAGCAUAAGCUUACGACACAGUGAAACAGGGAUUGUGGAUCAAGUUCUACUGACAACAAAUGCUGAUGGGUUGAGGUUUGUGAAAGUAAGGGUGAGAUCUGUUCGAAUACCUCAGAUUGGUGAUAAGUUUAGUAGUCGGCAUGGUCAGAAAGGGACAGUGGGAAUGACUUAUACACAAGAAGAUAUGCCAUGGACUGUGGAAGGAAUCACCCCUGAUAUUAUCGUGAAUCCGCAUGCUAUUCCUUCUCGAAUGACAAUUGGUCAGCUUAUUGAAUGUAUCAUGGGGAAGGUUGCCGCACAUAUGGGAAAGGAAGGAGAUGCUACUCCAUUUACGGAUGUAACUGUUGACAACAUAAGCAAAGCUCUUCACAGAUGUGGGUAUCAAAUGCGAGGGUUUGAGACCAUGUAUAAUGGUCAUACCGGCCGGCGGCUUACGGCUAUGAUAUUCCUUGGGCCGACUUACUAUCAAAGAUUGAAGCACAUGGUAGAUGAUAAAAUCCAUUCCCGUGGGCGGGGUCCUGUGCAGAUACUGACUAGGCAACCUGCUGAGGGACGAUCUCGAGAUGGAGGUCUGCGGUUUGGAGAAAUGGAACGUGACUGCAUGAUUGCCCAUGGUGCUGCUCACUUUCUGAAAGAGAGAUUGUUUGACCAGAGUGAUGCAUACAGGGUUCAUGUUUGUGAGCGUUGUGGGUUGAUAGCUAUUGCAAAUCUGAAGAAGAAUUCUUUCGAGUGCAGAGGUUGUAAGAACAAAACUGACAUUGUUCAGGUUCACAUCCCUUAUGCCUGUAAGCUACUCUUCCAAGAACUUAUGGCCAUGGCCAUAGCACCAAGGAUGCUCACAAAGGAAGUCAAACCGUUGAAAAAUCAGAAGAAGAAAGGUGCCUGAAGUAUCUCUGCCUUCCUCUUUGGUCCUUUUUUCAUGCACUUAAGUGGAGCAGUUGUUAAUACAAGGACAAGUCAUAAGGAGCAUAAAUGGAUGGUAUCGGCUCCUAUUGUGACAAUUGAAAUGCUGCCAGAUGUAAAAAUUAGAGAAAAAUAUGCCUUAAUCCCUCAUCAAUCAGGAGUAAAUGGUGAUCGGGAUUGGAGAACCUUGUGGUUGCUACUUAGCUGCCUGUCUUGUAGAGUCAUACUGGUCAAGAAGUAUCCAAUUUUGGUAACUUGAAACUGAAUUGGGCGAAUUGAUUGCCUCUUCCUCGCUAAUUUAUACCUGUUUUUCUUAAGCGUCGAUUUUCUUGUUCUGCUUAUAAUUGUGGACUUGGUUGUGCAAAUUCUCCAAUGAUAAGUUAUUUGGAUCACUUAUUUUGUUUC